GUCAGUUUCCUGUUCUCUGCUCACUGUACGCGGCCGGUCGAUCUUCCAUAGCAGGCCUGGCCUAUCGGAACUUUUGUUUCUCAUUGUACGUACACAAAGAAUACGAAAUAAAUGAGAAUCAAAAUGAACUUCUACAAUAUAUAUUACAUCCGAGAGAUAUUUCAACUUAAGAUUUUUUGCGCGAGUUGUAAGUGUUUUUAGAUCCACAUACGUUUGUGAAACAUUUUUUUCGAAGAUGAAAUUUACGAAGUUGAUCAUGUGCUUCAUUGACUGAUGCCAAUUUGGAAAAGCUAAGAUGUGCAACGUUGAACAUAAAUAUAGAGUUACAAAGAUUAACCGUUUGAGUCCCACGGGUUUUUGCAAAAACCCGAUCGACAAAUUCCACGCGCGAUCGCGCUCCUUUCUUUUCGAUUUCGAAACUGAAUGACGCUUUUCUAUUUUGACAAAAACAACAAUUGGGACUAGACUGCCACUUUUGAACAAUGUAACGAAGCGCCAUCUUGCCGCUUCGGACUCGAACGGUUAAGUGAAAGAAAGGAUAAACGAAUAUCUCAUGAAUUCAAUCUCGAGAGUGAAUUAUAUCGAAUCAUAAUAUAACAAAGUUUUCUUCAUUUUGUAUUUAUAUCACAUUUUUGAAAAUCAUGUGUACCUAAGGUCUCACUGUAACGUUACGCGUUAUCAAAGCGAUCUGUGAAAUGAUUUGUUGGCUAGGCCUGCUCCAUACGAAUGAAACGAAUCAUCGAAUACCCCACUACCGCGAAACAAGCAACGUGCAGGGGCAAGGAACAGUCGGUCGCCGGGAUUCUUAAACAGUUUUUUUUAGCAAACCGGUCGAGGGACAAGAUUGCAUUUUUGAGACGUUGACUCGAUCAGGUAUAAUUUAUUGAAAAAACGAGAAGAAUGUGAAGUGGCUCGAUUCACCUCCGAUCUGGGAGUCAUCUUCGAAUCCUCCUCUGCUGCGUGUGCAACAGCCUCUUCGCGAGCUGAGGCGCAGAUAGCCACGAUGCUUUGACGUUCCCGGAUCGAAUCUUCAAUCCGAUGAUCACGCGAAGAGAAGUUUGGUGGAUGACACGAAGAAAGGCUUAGGUGGGACAUGGCACAAAAAAGCUUAGGAAACAGUGGUUUAGGGUAUUUUUGAUUAAUUUCUUUUAGAGAAUCGUAGAUAGAUUCGAUAACAAUACAUUGCAACGUGUAAGAUAACUUAACCCUUUGCACUCGGAAGUUUCUCACUAGAAAUGCUCAACAUUUUUUAACUAGGCGAAGACGAUAUUCCCUGAAACUAACUCGAAGGGAAAUCACAAGUACAUUAAGGAACAAAACUAUUUUAUUCCAAUAUUUCACGUAUCAAGGCAUUAUACAAAGUUCUUUUAAAUAUCAGACUUUUUAUAGUUUUACCGUGUCAAAUCAAAUGGUAUAUAUAAUUGGCAUUAUAUGAUACUUAAUAUUAUAUAGAACACUUUGUAAUUUUUUUAUAUCGAAUCAAAAAGGUGACUGAGUCACUUUCCGAGUGCAAAGGGUUAAUAUUCUGUGAAAAAUUUUACAAUUUCGACAUAUCGAAUCAAAUGGUGACCGAGAGUUACCUCUCGAGUGCAGAGGGUUAAAAUACGUUGAAUUUUGUUCAGUCACCACUGUUUUCAUUAUCUUACAAGGAAAUCUUAAUCCAUGCUCUCGCGUCGUGAUGGACUGAUUUGAAGAAUUCCGUGUUCAGUCGUUAAGACAAGCGAGGCAUUCGCAUCCUUGACACGUUGACCGAUUGUUGAAUAUUGAAAAUCCUGCUAAUCCGCGCUCUCGUGUCGCGAUGGACUGAUUUGAAGAAAUCCGCGUUCAGUUGCGGAGACAAGCGAAGCAUUCGUAUCCUUGACACGUUGACCGAUGGAUGAAUCGAAGGAAUAUUAAUUUACGGCAAGGAAUAGACGUACAGAGAUGAAGUUGUCAGCGAUGAAGGAUAGCGUCUGCCAGUCGGUUGCUCAAGGUCGACGGCGGAACGCCGUCAGGGAAGGACAAUUUUUUGAAAGCGUAACACGUUAAGCGCCAUGUUACUCACUGGCACUGAUGCUUCUGAAUGACUAGAAAACAAUCGUAAUGUACAAUUACCGUACACAUUCGGGUGACGCUAUUUCUUACGUAAACUUGAACACUAACCCUUUGACGAAUGUCGACAUUUCGUUGAGAUUACAUUUUCAUAUGAGGAAUAUUAAGAUGCGAACGAAUCAUUUAACUAGAACUACCAAGCAGUCAAACUGCCUUUUUGAAAUUUCUCUGUAGAAACUAAAUGAUGCGACUAUCGAGACUUCAAUUAAUUCGCACUGUAGUUUCUGUAUUACUAAAUUAAUUUCUAUAGUAACUUCUCAAAGAAGCAUCAGUUAUUUUUUCAAUAACUGAGAAAAAAGAAGUCAUAAAUCAUUUUGCCCCAUCCAGUAGUUCUAGUGAUAAUUACUUGAAUAGUAAGUGAUCAGUGUAUAGUUUCCUUUUUCUAUUGUUUAAGCAUUCGAUGUGUAAUUUAGCUUCAUACGUUGCAAGCUUUGUGUACUUCAAAGAGUCUUCGUCAAAGGGUUAAUUUUAAGGGUUGUGUUGGAUGUAUGAGACAUAAGAAAGAUAGUAGAACAAUCGUUACGAAGAAUCUUGAUUUUUUAGCUUUUACUUAACGCGUUCGCUACCAGAGUUUAUUCCGGUGACGGUCUCAAUUAUAUUUUCUUCGAUCCAAUAAAGCUAACAAAAUGUCAGAAAAAUGAAACUGAAACGAGUCAUUGAGUUGCGAAAUAUAAUGUCGUACUUUAUCAUUUCUAAUAACAAUAUCUAUAGGAUUCAUUUCGUUUUCAUUAUGUAAAGUAUAGAAUUGCGGCCGUCGCGAAUAUGUCACGCUGGCAGCGAACGUGUUAAUAACGUAAAUAAGUUGAUAAUAGUGUAAUGCAAAGAUUCUAAUGUUAAAUAAUUAAUAAUUGUUGCUGCUUCUCUAUGCUACGAAAGAAAAACUCUACGGAACGCUUAAGAUUUUCGUGGCGCUUAACGCGUUAACCAGGAAAAAGGAACUUUGCGAAGUUCUCUUCGUGCAUAGUAAUAUACUAGGUAGCAGAUUAUUAUACAAAUGUACGUGUAUUUUUAUAGACGAUGGAAACCGGUAUUAACACGUCGACCGCCGUACGAUUUUGCCGAGGAAAACAGACAAAAUGAAAAGUUUCAGAAUGUUCGCGCCCGUUGUCCUGCUGUUGCUGUCUCCUCUGCAGCUGUUCAUCGCGACAGCCGAAUCAGCAACUUGCAUUCCUAAUUACUUCAACUACGUUAAUGUUGGAGGAAAUGUAUAUAUAGGUCGCAUUGAUAUUCCAUCACCACCAAAGGAUAUUCCUUUGCAACUCAGCGUCACUUUAAGCAUAGCUUCUGUAUUGCCAACGGCGUACGUCGGCCGAUUGGAAUUGACAGAGUCGAGAACAGAAUCGGUUAAAGCGAUCCAGAGGGGCGGGCCCCUGAAGUACACCAUUCAUUUUCCUCUUCCUCACCAAGUGCCAAACGUGAACGAAAUUCGGUUCAAUGGUCAACAAAUUUGUAGCGAUCGGCGCGCUACAGGGCAGGUGAUUACCUCUAUCGUCCUAAAUCACACACUGUUUCCACCGAGUACGUCGCUUCUGACCGUGGACGACAGGAGUUUGUUCCUCGACCUACAGAGUUUAGACGACACAACAUCCGAACCCGAUAUUCGGCCGCCCACUGUUGUUACAAAUACACCGGCAACGUUUACACCGAGUCCGCCAGUUCCAACGAUUCCGUCAGUUCCAACGAUUCCGCCGAGCCCACUUAUCCCAAGCAUUGAUCUACUCUCAGGACAAUGUAUAUUACCUGCAAUUUCAAACCAGCUCCAUUUUUCAACGCAAACGCAAUGCGGUCGUCGUUCGAAUUUUAUUGGCCUGGUCGCAGGAGGUCAGGUAACCAAGCGAGGUGAGUGGCCUUGGUUGGCUGCUCUGUUUGUUGUGUUAAAUCAGUACAAGUUCCAAUGUGCUGGGUCGCUGAUAACACACACUCAUGUCAUUACAGCCGCGCACUGCAUGUGGUAUUUUGACGUGAAGUUACCAGUGGGUGCAUUGUCGGUGUUCUUGGGGCGUUAUUACCUUGAAGACUUCAGAGAGGAAGGUUCAGUGCCUCGGAAAAUACUUUCUAUCAGUAUUCACCCUGACUACUUGAGUCAGAAAUCAACAGGGCUAACUACUGCCGACGCUGAUGUGGCUAUAUUGAAAUUACAAGAAAGAGUCGAAUACAACCAACUAAUCCAGCCGGUAUGCCUUUGGGCGGGCUGCAGGGAUUUGUUUAAAAUUAUUGGAAAGAGAGGAAGUGUAGUGGGUUGGGGUCGCGACGAGCAAGGCCAUCAGACCACUCAGGAGCCUCGCGUAGUCGAGGUCCCAAUUGUUAGCACGUUAGAGUGUCACUGGAGCUAUCGGCCGUUUGCAGAAGUAACAUCGAAUCGGACAUUCUGCGCGGGUUUUAGAAACAGUACUGGCCCUUGUAACGGUGACAGCGGAAGCGGGUUGGUAAUAUACGAUAAAACGAGGGGACGCUACUAUCUUCGAGGUAUUGUUUCCUUAUCAGCUUCUGACAGGUCCAGUAAUUCCUGCGAUCUCAAUAAAUACGUGAUUUAUACGGACGUCGCGAUGCAUCUCGAGUGGAUAUACCAGCAAAUUUCCACUUAGGGACUGUAAAAACUCAUUCGUAAUUAUAAAUAUGCUAGUCGAUUAGUGUUUGGUUAUAAAUAGAUUGCGGAUUUUCUGCAUUUAUAUCAAACAAGAUUGUCUACGUCCCAGUGCAAUAAAGAGUAUAAUACAAUGACGAGUAGAUUUAUAAUGUUAUGUGGACUCCGAUAGCACUCCUGACACGGAGAUCUCAUUUUUAUUUGGUUGUUAACGCUAGAACUAUCGAAUAGUCGAAUUGAAGUUUAAAAAUUUUUCCAUAGGGACUCUAAAGUUACAGCUAUUGAAAUUUCAAUCGACUUGUGAUCCAAUUCGCCUGUUACUAACUCAAUUUCUUCGGUAAUUUCGCAAAGCAUCUUAUCUUUUCAAUAAUUGUAAAAGAAUAAUUCAAUAGUUCUAGUGUUAAGUUUCAUGUAUUAACACGUUCCGUGCUGAAUUUUCCGUUCAGGCCGCUUGGAAUUCUCAUUGAAAGACGAAGAACUUUUUACAGAUUUACUGUACAGUCAAAUAUAGGCAUCUUAACACUUAAGCAACCUAAAGAAGACUAUAACUACAACCUCCUCCAUUAUCUUCAAUUGAAUUCGUCCAAUGAAUUCAGUUAGGAACUGUAUUUUGUAAAAACAAGAACAGUAUUUGAUGAAUUGCAAAUAAUCCCACUUCAAGACUUACUAAAUAACAAAAGAAAAGAUAAACAGAAUAAAAGGCAUUACGUAGCUAAGUGAAAAGUAGGAGUUUCCAUUCGGUUGGCUAAGUGUUAAUAUCCUGUAUACCGCGUUCAUUGAACUUUAUUUAAUCGUUGUAACACGUGGCCUGAACGGAAAGUGUCCAAAAAUCGGCACGGAACGUGUUGAUUUGUCAAUAUUUAUGAUUGGGAAAACGCAAUCAGUCGUCUGCUUAUAGACUGCGGAUUUCAUACAUCUGUAUCACUCUAUUAUUGAAAUUUAUUGAUUAUUUAUUGAUUAUUUAUUGACUAUUAUUGACAUUUAUUUAUUAAUUUUAUUAUUUAUUUUAUAUAUUAACUGUUACUAUUAAAAAUUCGUGUAUUAUCAUCCUGAUAAUGGAUCUCGUAACAAAAGGCAUGAAUGUUUAUUCGAA